UUCGACGCAUGCGCGAGCUGGUGUAUCAGCGGUGCGGCCAGAGAUGAUUCAUGAUAUAUGCAGUUAGACAGAGAAGCUGCGGCGUGCUGGCAGAAGCGGACACGAAAGACUUCGAUCUCGCCGUCAUAACUCGACAUGGCCACAAUUUUGGUGUGUCUGGCACUGGUUGUGACGCCAUGGACUGCCGCCACACCUGUCCACGGCCCGGCAGUUUUCAACAUCACCGGUGGACCAUUGAACCGAACGAAGAGAUGGUGCCAGCAACAUCAGGCGUCGAGUUACAACAUGUGGCCAGGGUGCAACGACUACAACUACUACAGACACUGUUACAAUCCUUGCUUGGUGUGGCCCACGGCUCACCCCACCACCCCGUCCAACACACACCCUCCUUGGCCAACACAAACUCCUCGGCCCACUUACAUACCCAUCUGGCCAACAUGGAGACCAUGGCCCACUAGUCCUCCCUAUACCCCGAUAUGGCCGACUUGGACACCUCAACCCAGCACCAGGCCCCCCUACACCCCAAUAUGGCCAACUUGGAGGCCUUCAACCACCAGGCCCCCCUACACGCCUAUCAUGCCCACUGUAAGACCAACACCCACCAGGCCCCCCUACACCCCAAUAUGGCCAACUUGGAGGCCUUCAACCACGAGGCCCCCCUACACCCCUAUCAUGCCCACUGUAAGACCAACACCCACAAGGCCUCCCUACACCCCUAUCAUGCCCACUGUAAGACCAACACCCACAAGGCCUCCCUACACCCCUAUCAUGCCCACUGUAAGCCCAACACCCACGAGGCCCCCCUACACCCCAAUAUGGCCAACCUGGAGGCCUUCAACCACCAGGCCCCCCUACACCCCUAUCAUGCCCACAGUAAGCCCAACACCCACCAGGCCCCCCUACACUCCAAUAUGGCCAACCUGGAGGCCUUCAACCACCAGGCCCCCCUACACCCCUAUCAUGCCCACUGUAAGCCCAACACCCACCAGGCCCCCCUACACUCCAAUAUGGCCAACUUGGAGGCCUUCAACCACCAGGCCUCCCUACACCCCGAUAUGGCCCAGGCCUCCCUACACCCCUAUCAUGCCCACAUUAAGACCUUCAUCCACCAGACCCCCCUACACCCCCAUAUGGCCAACUUGGAGGCCUUCACCCACCAGGCCUCCCUACACCCCAGUAUGGCCAACCUGGAGACCGUCAUCCACCAGGCCGCCUUACACGCCUAUCAUGCCCACAAUAAGCCCAAUAACAACCAGGCCGCCUUACACCCCCAUCACGGUCACUUGGACGCCCUACCCCACUUUCCCUUCGGUAACCCCCGUCAGGAAAAAAAGGUGCAAUAAGGUGUGCGUGGACGAGAACAAAAUGUAUUACUGCUGCGAAACGACCACCACCGCAGCGCCCGCCACCACCACAGAGGCAUCACGAGGCACCUGUCCUCCCCAGAGUUCGCCGUGCCCCGAGAAGCCCCCGAAACGCACAACACAGCAGCGAGAGUGUACGUUUGAUUACCAGUGCCCAGACAACUACGGUUGCUGUUAUGACAACUGCCGUCAGGAGUACAAGUGUUUUCGUCUCCUGCCCAACGCCGCCUUCCCCACCAUGGCCCCGCUUGUCUCAACGCAACGCCGAUACCCACAUCGCUACUACCAUCACCACCAUGAAGACGAGACCCGAGUUGAGCGUUCCACGCAUGAUGAGGAGAGCGAAAAGGCACCAUCGUCAGGCACCCCGGGCAAUGGCACGAAGGUACCCGUGGCGGCGGUGGUAAGCUCUGAGCGGCGGCACGGGGCAGGGGAGGCGGAGGUCAUCGUGAUGGUGGACGAGGGACGGCAAGGCAGCACCCAGCCCCUCUACCACCUGCUGGAACCCCUGACUCGCCUGCCACACCCAAACCUCGGCAUGCUGUUCCUCCCCCUGCACCCUCAGGACGGCAGGACAGCCGCGUGGGAGGCGGUGCAGUGCACGACGCGGGCAGCCCCGGAGCACAGGACGGCCCUUAAUCUGGUGGCUUGUGUCCUGGCUGCCGCGCCCCCGCUGCGUUCCCACCCCAACUCACUUCUUCCGUCAGUUAGGGAGUGUGGUCCUGAGCUGAAGGUCAACUGGACGACCCUCCAGACUUGCAUGAGCCGUGGCAGAGGCGGGAGUCUGCUGCGAGGAGCUCUGUUGCGUCAUGGUCGCCUGCUGGAGGCCGCCAGGAAACACCAGCUGGCCGGAAAACAGCCUGCAGGUGCUGUAUUGGCUGUCAAUGGGACUUUAGUGGAAGGAGUCGCCGCCGCCGCCGCCGCCGUCGCCACCACUCUGCCGGGGCACCACGACUCGGCACCAAGCAGCGGCGGGGCAGCCUCGUGAGCAGCGGAGCACCCCAAACACAAAGCCGCUUAUCAACUCUCCACUGCCAGUUCCGGGUUCAUGGUGCUUGUUGAGCCGCAGGGCUUCAACAUGGAAAGGGAUUUACCUCUUUCACUCACUCUUUAAUAAAAUACGUAAUUACACUAUUUGAUAAGUAAGGGAAUAAAACUUACCUUCGUG